AUGGAGAACUACAAGAAAGUCCGGGUGGAGGAGAAGCCCGUGGAGCUGCCCUUUUCUUCUCUUCCCACAGACAUCAUCGAGAUGAAGGUCAAAGAUGGCAGCAAGAUCCGUAAUCUCAUGGGCUUCGCCAUCGGCAAGAUGGAGAGCGAGAACGUGCGCCAGAUUCUGUUCAGUGGCACAGGCAAGGCCCUCGGCAAGACCCUCACCUGUGUGGAGAUCAUGAAGAGGAGGGUGAAGGACCUGCACCAGAUCACCAAGAUCUUCUACAGGCAGACCGAGGAGAUCUGGGAAUCCAUUGUACCCGAGGUGGGCCUGGACCCGCUGACCGUAAAGAGAAACUGCCCCUCUAUCUGCAUCCUUCUCAGUAAGGACCCCCUGGAUACCGCUGAGCCUGGCUACCAGGCCCCCGGCAGCUAUGACUCCCAGUGGCUCCAGGAACUGAAGGUGGAGAGCCAGGGGCCAAAGAGGAAGAAGCCAGGCCUGGGCCGAGGUGGGGUGAUGGGAAGGAAGCAGCACAGGCCACCUGGUGGACGAGGGGAAACCUCCAAGCAGUCGUAG